AUGUAUAGAGCCAAUCAUUCUGUGGUGUCUGAGUUUGUGUUCCUGGGACUCUCCAGCUCCUGGGAGAUCCAGCUUCUUCUUUUUUGCUUUUCUUGUCUUUUCUACGUGUCCAGUAUGAUGGGAAACCUCCUCAUCGUGGUCACUGUGACGUUCGACCCUUACUUACACGCCCCCAUGUAUUUUCUAUUAGCCAACCUCUCCAUAAUUGACAUGAUAUUUUGCUCCAUUGCAGCACCCAAGAUGAUUUGUGAUCUUUUCAGGAAGCAGAAAGUCAUCUCCUUUGGGGGUUGUUUAGCUCAGAUUUUCUUUAGCCAUGCUGUCGGGGGUACUGAGAUGGUGCUGCUCAUCGCCAUGGCCUUUGACAGAUAUGUGGCCAUCUGUAGGCCUCUCCACUACCUGACCAUCAUGAGCCCACGACUGUGCAUUUUGAUUUUAGUGGUUUCCUGGACUAUUGGUCUCAUUCACUCUUCGGCCCAGUUGGCAUUUGUGGUAAACUUGCCCUUCUGUGGGCCUAAUGUAGUAGACAGCUUUUACUGUGACAUACCUCGGCUCGUCAAACUUGCUUGCACAGACAUUGUGGUUUUUAGAAAAAAUCACUAA